AUAAGGGAUCAUUUGUGUCACAUUUUCGCUUAUAAAAAUGUGACUUUUUUUCUUUGUUGCAAAUUAAACGCCGUUUGUCUGUCUUUAUCAUGACUUCUUCUUCUCUAAAAUUGGUUAAAUGGAGUUUCAUUUUUUUGGUGUUAAACCAUAAUUUUCAGAGAAUUGAGGGGUGUUUCGACUCUAUUAUUAGUUUCGGCGAUUCGCUUGCUGACACAGGAAAUAAACUUCAUAUCUCUCUAAACAAAACCCCUCCUUCCCAUUUCUCCUUGCCACCUUAUGGUGAAACCUUCUUUCAUCAUCCUACCGGUCGAUUUUCUGAUGGACGUCUUGUUAUAGAUUUUAUUGCUGAGAGUUUGGGGCUCCCAUUAGUGCCAGCAUAUUUGGAAGGAAAAGAUGAAAGGAAUAAUGUAAAAUUCAGGCAAGGUGUGAAUUUUGCCGUGGGAGGGGCAACAGCACUUGAUUCUGCCUACUUGUUGGAUAAGGGAAUAAUACCCAAUAACAAUGUGUCUUUGGGGACUCAAAUGGAUUGGUUCAAAGAUAUGAUGACUUCUUUUUGCAAAUUUCCUUCAGAAUGCGAGGAAUUUCUUCAAAACUCAUUGAUACUUAUGGGAGAAAUUGGAGGCAAUGAUUUCAACUAUGGUUUUCUUGGUAACAGCACUAAGGAAGAGGUUGAAUCAUAUGUUCCAGCAGUCGUCAAGACUAUUAGUUCAGCUAUACAGGAAUUAAUCGAGUUAGGUGCAAGCACACUGUUAGUUCCAGGGGAUUUGCCGAUUGGAUGUUCAACUGCUUAUCUCACAAAAUUUAUGCACUCAGAUAAGGGGCAGUAUGAUCCCAAAACUGGUUGUAUUAAUUGGCUUAACAAAUUCUCGCAGCAAUAUAAUGAGCUUCUUCAGAAGGAACUUCAUCUUCUUAGAGACCUUAAUCCUGCUGCUACAAUAAUCUAUGCUGACUACUACAAUGCAGCCAUGCAAUUUUAUGCCUCUCCAAAGAGCCAUGGGCACAUAAGGAGAUCAAAUUUCCAUCCCUUUUGCGAGAUGAAAAUUUUUAACACUUCCCGCACGCCCAGACCUUGUUAGCUGGAGCGUGGACACUAUAAUAUAGGGGGAACAUUGGUGAACAGAGAAACUGGAAUGAAUCUGGAUUUGAUAUCAUGUAAAGAUGGGUCUAACUCAACCUCAAAAUCUAGCUUCACGGAGGAUUGUCCAAUUCCAUAUAAGGAGAUCAAAUUCUCAACAAUUUAUUGAUCACUUCAUUGAAUGAAGUGCUAAUCUUAUGAUUCGUUCAAAAAAUUCAAUGAAUUAUUACAGGUUUUCGAAAAGGAGCUUUAGUUGCAUGUUGUGGAGCAGGAGGUCCAUACAACUUCAAAUUUUCAGCACUGUGUGGGGAUCCAUCAGCAAGAGAUAUUUGCAGUGACACUUCAGUGUAUGCUAGUUGGGAUGGAAUGCAUU